AUUGAAAUUACCUUUAAAAAUGCUAUCUCAAAGACUAAAGCUUCUCUUUCCUCUCCAAUCUUCUCUUUGAUCCCUAAAAUUUUCUCUCUCCAAGACUCCAUUACGCUCCUUCAGCACCAAACCCAAAAGCUGGAUCUCUUCCCCCAAACUCCGGCUCCACUACCUCUUCUACAGCUUAGCCUUAGGAAUCGGAGUCCUCAAAUACCUAAAGGCUGGGUUCAACCUGAUAGAGUACAAGAAGAUCGAGGCUGAAGCCUCGCCUGAGCUACAGAAGAUCAUGAGAAAAGUUGUACUGGAAGAGGGAGGGCUUGGCAGUGAGAGACUUGGGGUUGAGGAAUUUAAGAUUUUGGAAAGAGGUAGCAAAUGAAUUUUGGAUAAUUACAAAAAUGAUCUUUAUCCAACUGUAACAACAUUACCAAUUCUGGCAACAAUCGGUCUCGUUUAUCAAGUAUGGUUCUUUAACAGAAGAGGAGGUUUCAACAACCUGCAAAUAUUCACUACUGGUUUAUGCUUCUUAGCAGUAGCUGCAAUAGACUUAUUCUCUAUUAAUGCCAGUAAGGGAUGCAAAAAAGUCAUUGAUAGCUCUAUAGAAAUUCAUGAUCAAAUCAUAAAAGCCAAGAAACUCGUUGAAGAGGAUAUAAAUGAGCCUAAUCAGACUAAAAAUAACUAAAGAUUCUUCAAUUUUUAUGAAAAUAUUC